AUGGCUUCUUCCUCUUCAACAUCUCCUUGUUCUCCUUCAUCUUCCACGUUUGUUUCUCAAGAAGAAUUCAAUUUAUUCCACAAAAUUGAUAGACAACUUUACACAAUUCUUGCCAUUAGCAUUGGCCGUGACCCCAUUGAAUCUCUUCAAAUAAUGGCCUUUUGGCUUUGGCUCGAACGAGUCGGUUUUCGCCACGUCGUUUUCCGAUUGCUUCGCUUGCCUAUCCUUCUCAUCAACGAGCUCGCUGAAGAAGCCCUCACUGCUCUAGCUUGCAUUGUCUCAGACCAUCCUCCACCGCCGCCCUCCGACGAGUACAAUAACAACAUUCCUCUAACUCAAAAUUUCAUGAAGAAAGAAAUCUCUCUUCAGUUUCUUUAUGCUAACCGUCAUACUGCCUUUGAAGGAGUGGCUAAAAUCCGGAAUGAGGUUUGUUUCAGAGCCAUGAAAGAUAUUAUGAUUCAAGCUAUUAGUCACAGACAAAUCUCCACCGCUGCAGCCGCCGUCACCGCUCCUCCCCCACCUCCGUCAGGAGUAGGAGAUUUGCAAACGCAGGUACCACCGGAAGAAAGAGCAAUGUUUGUAACAUUUUCAAAGGGUUAUCCAGUACACGAAUGGGAAGUUAGAGAAUUUUUCAAUACAAAUUACGGAGAUUGCAUUGAAAAUUUUCAAAUGCAAGAAGUAGAGGCUAAUGAACAAGCUUUAUUUGCUAGAAUUGUUUUCAAAUUCCCUUCUACUAUUGAUCUCAUUCUUAGAGGACAACCAAGAAUGAAAUUUACUAUCAAUGGGAAACAUAUAUGGGCUCGAAAAUUCAUCCCGAAGCAGCGUUCGUCUCCGCCGCCUCCGCCUCCUUCACCGCCACCAUCGGCAGUGGCUCCGCCCACGUCUUAG